CAGAUCACAGUCUCCACUGUGGGCUUGAUUCCGGAGAUGCGGCGCUUCAGCCGGGAGAGCCGCGCGGUGAUGGCGGUCAGCCUGCACGCCACCACCGAUGAGGUCCGGGACUGGAUCGUGCCGGUCAACCGCAGGGAGGGGCUGCAGGCGCUCAUCGAAUGCAUGGAGGAGCUGUUCCCAAAGUCGAGUGCGGCGCCCCGCCACGGCCACCACGUGCUCAUCGAAUACAUCAUGCUGCGGGGCGUGAACGACAGCGACGACGACGCGCGGCGCCUGGUGCAGCUGACCCAGAGCAUCCGUUGCAAGAUCAACCUGAUCGUGUUCAACCCGCACGCGGGCACCUCCUUCCAGCCCUCCACACCCGAGCGAGUGUACGCCUUCCGCAGCAUCCUCAUCCAGGCACGCCGCCCGCAGCAGCACACACACAGCCUUACAGCCACACACACACAGCCACACUGCCACGUAGCCACGGUGAGGGACAGCCGCGGCGACGACCAGAUGGCGGCAUGCGGCCAGCUGGGCAGCCCGGAGCUGGGCAGCAGCCGGCCGCCGCCGCUGCUGGCGCCGCCGGAGCGGCUACUGGGCGCGGUGGCGGCGGCGGACCUCGCCGCCUGA